CAUUCCCUUCAAGAUAAGAAAAUAAAUAAUAAAAAUAAAAAUAAACGAAUCGCAUUAUUCAAUGCGCGACUAAACUCUAACAUCAAACUACUUCGACUCCGCACACACCCUAUCCAUAGUAAACAAAACACCAGAAUUCAAACGACACAAUGGACCCAAAGGCGCCUAAUGCAGAGUAUCGCUCUACUCCGCAAUACGCAGAGUAUCAGCGCGAGAAUUUUUGGAAACCCAAUACCGGAGAAGUUCCUCCGUUUAACACAGAUCCUGCAAAGCUAGAAGAGCUAGCCAAGACAAAGCUCACGCAGAACGGAUGGUUCUACGCCUCGUCCAAUGCCGGACAGAGCUACACCCACACGGCCAACCGGCAGGCAUUCUACCGGCACCGGAUCAUUCCACGCAUGCUGGUCGACACGAACAAGCGGGACACGCGGACAUCGAUAUUCGGGCACGACGUGGCGGCUCCCAUAGGGAUUGCGCCUAUCGGGAUCAACAAGAUCUACCAUCCGCAGGGCGAGCUGCCCGUGGCGAAAGUCGCCGGGGAGCUCAACAUCCCGUACUGCCUGAGCACAGCGGGCUCAACGCCGAUCGAGACCGUGGCUGACGCCAACGGGCAAGGCAGCCCGCGGUUCUACCAGCUAUACAUGCCGCACGACGACGAGCUGACGAUCAACCUGCUAGAGCGGGCAUGGAAUUCCGGGUUCGACGUGUGCAUUCUGACCGUGGAUACAUGGCAGCUCGGGUGGCGCCACGACGAUGUGGCGAUUGGGAACUACGCCUUCUACAGGGGCAUGGGCGCGGACCUGGGUCUCAGCGAUAAAGUGUUCCAAAAGCGCCUGGCUGAGGCCCGGAUCGAUCCGGAAAAGGAACCGGAGAGGGCAUGCGCAAUGUGGAUCGACAGUAUCUGGCAUGGCAGAGCGCACUCGUGGGAGAAAAUCCCGUGGGUGAUUGAGCAGUGGAAGCGCAUUUCCAAUGGCCGCCCCUUUUGUCUCAAGGGCAUCCAAAGCGUGCAGGAUGCGAAAAAGGCCGUCGAGGUCGGCUGCGAUGGGAUCGUCGUGAGCAAUCAUGCGGGAAGACAAGUGGAUGGGGCGAUUGCCAGCCUGGACGCUCUGGAAGAGAUUGUUGACGCCGUUGGAUCUCAAACAUACGUCAUGUUCGACAGCGGCGUCCGCGGCGGCGCCGACGUGUUCAAAGCACUCGCCCUCGGCGCCAAAUUCGUCUUUGUCGGACGUCUUUGGAUCUGGGGGCUUUCCAUCAUGGGCGAACCGGGCGUACGCCAUGUCAUGAAGAGCUUACUUGCCGAUUUCGACAUUUUGAUGAACGUCGCCGGCUUUCAGAGCGUCGAGCAAAUUGAUCGCAGCGCCAUCGAAUCGUAUCCAAAGUCUUAUAACCUCCCUACAGAAACUUCUAAACUAUGAAAUUAGCUAUGGACUCACGUUUUUGAGGGGGAUCAUGUCUUAGGCAUUUGUGGGAAAUUUUUGUAGCAGGAAAAGGAAAAGGAAAAGGAACACGUGCGUUUAUUGAAGCACGGUUAGGAAUAUAUAUAUUUUCGGAAACAAAAAAAGAAAAAACAAAUGUCAAAUAGCCACCGUCUAAUCGUACU